AUGACUGGUGCAGUAGACAGUGAGGUAGAGGGCGAGCCCUGGAAAGACAGAAGAAAAGUAGCAGCGAAAUUCAUUGAUGAUGGAAUUGCUCCGCCACAAAGGAUUCUUUUUCCACCUGAGAAGAUACGUCUGGAUUGGCAAGAAACACAAAGUGUUGGAGUCGGCCUGUACAACCUUGGCAACACAUGUUUUCUUAAUGCUACUCUACAGUGUUUGACCUACACCCCCCCACUUGCCAAUUACAUGCUUUCUCUUGAGCACAGCCGGUCAUGUCGUGAACAAGAUUUUUGCAUGAUGUGCACGAUGGAGACUCACAUUAACCAGGCCCUGCGUUGCACUGUUGAUGCCAUCGAGCCUACGCGUGUUAUCAGUAAUCUCAGUCGAAUAGGACAACAUUUCCGUUUGGGCAGUCAAGAAGACGCACACGAGUUCUUGCGCUAUACUGUUGAUGCUAUGCAGGAAGCGUGCUUGAACGGAAGCACCAAAUUGGACAGAUCUUCUCAAGCUACCACCAUCAUUCAUCAAAUAUUUGGAGGAUUUCUAAGAUCAAGAGUGAAGUGCUUGAAUUGCAAAGCAGUUUCGGAUACGUAUGAGGCAUUUCUUGAUAUCACUUUGGAUAUAAAGGCGGUUUCAUCUGUUACCAGAGCUCUAGAACUAUUUGUGAAACCUGAAGAGCUGGAUGGAGAGAAUUGCUAUAAAUGUAGCGAGUGUAAAAAGAUGGUUCCUGCAUCCAAGAGAUUUACCAUACACCGUUCUUCCAACGUUCUCACAAUAUCACUGAAAAGAUUUGCAGAUUUCACAGGUGGAAAGAUCAACAAGGAGGUAAAAUAUCCUGAGUAUUUGGACCUUCGAGCCUACAUGUCUCAAUCAAGUGGAGAACCACUCCUCUACACCUUAUAUGCGGUGCUGGUGCAUCAUGGUGUCAACUGUCGCUCAGGACACUAUGUAUGCUCCAUAAAGGCUGGUAAUGGACUUUGGUACCAAAUGAAUGAUGCAAAAGUAGUCCGUACUGACAUUAAAAGAGUUCUUGGUCAGCAAGCUUACUUACUUUUUUAUAUCAGGCGCUAUGAUUUGACACUCGGAGAACGUGCUUUUUACUUACCAGCACCAUCUUAUCCCUGUUCAUUCCCCCCUGGUCAGCGGGGGGCUAAGAGUAAGCAGGCUGGAUUUAUGGGACCCCGACUUCCUCCUCAUAUGAUUAAGGUAAUUUAGGGAAGCGGGAGGGCAGAUAAUGGCACCAAACGGAUAGUGGGUUUGGGGUUUGGUGUGGGGUUUUUUGUUUGGUUUUCGGCAUCUUAGUUUUGUUUUCCUUCCCACGCUGCAGCUUUCUUCACAGCCCUCAUGCUACAGCCAGAGUCAUUCAAACAGUGGUUACUGCUAAAUUGCGCAGCCAUGCGACUCCAUCACUUUAGACCUCCUAGACAGCUUUGUAAAGCACAGAGAGCUACGCUCUUUGACAAUUUAAGUAGAGUGGACUAAUCCUCGAAUCAUUUAAAAGAGGACUUGUUUUUCCUAUCGACGUCACUUUGGCUGAGACAAGGAAACCAAAUUGUCUUAUUCCUGAGCACCAGAACAAUUAUUGCAGGCUUUUCGGGAUAUGUUUCAAGGGGAAACUAAAUAUAUUUGGGAAUAGCUUUAGGUAAUGUUAAGUUGUUUGGAUGGUUUUCAAAAAUGAUGUUAAUUUGAUACCAAUCUGCAGUAAACCAAAAGCAGGAAUUAAAUACACUUAUUGGACUUGCAUUUAUCUUUAAAGGGCAGUGUUUUUUUCUUUUUAGGUGUUAAGAGCAUUUGUAGAAAUACUUAGUAGGAGAAUUUCAUGUUUAAAAAUGUUAAAUGCAGUGUUUGCAUUAAUCCAUCUUGCAAUUUCUUCUUUUUAAAUCCAGAAUUCAAGUCGUUUAAAUGGAAAUGGAUCCAUAAAAGAGGAUGCAAAUACCACUGGUGUCACCCUAAAAAGGCCA